CCUCUCUUCCUCGUUUCAUCUUUCUCGAAACUCUUUCCUGUUCUCUGUCUCACUAAAAAUCUGAGCACUGUAGUGAUCUACAAGGCUAAACGACUACUUUUCUGAUAUUCCUUACUUCACCAAACAGGGAUAGAGAAAAUAGAUCGAGAACUCAAGAUUGAGAUUUUUCAAGUUUUCAAUCUGACCACACGGAGUUGAAAAAAAAAAAAAAAGCUCUAGGAGAUUAUAUUGCUAGGACAUUAUCUGACCAUUGGUGUAUGAUUUUAGGGGCUUCAAGAAUCACUGUUAAAAAAUAGGAGGAGAUGGGGAAUUUACUUGUGAAGAAGCCUAAGAUAACAGAGGUGGAUCGAGCAAUUCUCUCUCUCAAGACCCAACGGCGUAAGCUUGCGCAAUACCAACAAAAGCUUGAAGAAGUUAUUGAAGCUGAAAAGAAUGCUGCUAGAGAUUUGAUUCGGCAAAAGAGAAAGGAUAGAGCCUUGCUAGCAUUGAAGAAGAAGAAAACACAGGAAGAAUUAUUGAAGCAAGUGGAUACCUGGCUUAUUAAUGUUGAGCAACAAUUGGCAGAUAUUGAACUGGCCAGCAAGCAGAAAGCUGUUUUCGAGAGUCUAAAAGCAGGUAAUGAUGCAGUCAAGGCAAUACAAAGUGAGAUCAACCUGGAUGAUGUCCAGAAGCUAAUGGAUGAUAGUGCUGAAGCUAAAGCUUAUCAAGAUGAAAUUAAUGCCAUCUUGGGGGAGAAGUUAUCAGCAGAAGAUGAAGAAGAGAUCCUAGCUGAAUUCGAGAACUUGGAAACUCAGAUCACCAUUGAAGACAUGCCUACAGUGCCUACUAUGCCAUCUAAGGAACAUGAGGAAAAGCUGGAUCUUCCUGAUGUACCAACAAAACCACCAGUUGCUCUUGAUGCAGUUAAAGAGGAUGCUGAAGUUUCCACAAAGAGAAAAGUUAUGGAGGAACCAUUGCCUGCAUAAUAGGGGAGGACUGUUAAACCACAUUUCAGUCAUACAAAGCUGCUAGCCAUCCUUGAUUCACUAUCUCCAUCCAGGUGGUGUUAUCUGCACAUAUUUUUGCAAAUUCUUUGCUUCAAUUUAGUGAAGUCUUGCAAUUGCAUGCAUUUCAAUUUCAAUGUCUAAUCACAAUUAUACUUAUUAGAUCUGUUUAUAUCAGUGAAAUUACCAUAUGCUGCCUUGGUGUUUAAAAAAAAAAAAAAAAUCAGGUUCCUAAUGCAAUGAAAUUCAUUUUCUUUUAAAUGUUUGCUGACUA